AUGCAUUUCACCACCCCCGCACUUCUCGCUCUCAUCUCAACCCCCCUUGCUUUCGCCGCUCCCUCAGGCAGCAAGAGCGAUUACAAGAGCGACUGCAAGAAGGAUUGGGACGCGAAAUGGAACUCACACGACAACAGCUGGAAGAAGAACGAGAAGCUCUUCUACUUCGACGCAGAGUAUGUCGUUAAGGCGACUCCGGACCAGGUCAUCGCGACCACUGGCGCCCCUGCUCCCGGUCAGCCCGGUGCCAAGGGUCUUUUCAAAUACGGCAUCAACAUCGCUGAGAACACCAUCUGCUACAACAUCACUCUGAGCGGUGUGACUGGAGAGUAUGCGUCGCCUGCGCUUACCGCGACGCAUAUUCAUGAGGCUGCCAAGGGCAAAGCUGGCCCACCAAGACUCGCCUUCCCAAACCCCUCCGGUCCAGAUGAGCGCCGCACCUCCGUUGGCUGCUUGAAGGGACCCUUCAAAGUUGGCGUUAUCAACAUGGCAACUGGAAAGGAUCAGGCCGACGGCUUUCACGUAAAGCAGAUUGUAGCGAACCCCAAGGGUUUCUUCACUGAUUCACACACUGCACAGUUCUCGUCUGGUGCAGUUAGGGGUCAGCUUGGAUACUAG